AUGGAGAUUGACGACCAGAAGCAGCAACAGCUAGAAGCCCCCGCUGCCGUGCCAGAAGGGUUCAACACUGACUAUCUCCGUGUCUACUACGAUGGAAAGCACCCCGGAUGUGAUCAGUCAUAUGUUGGACGUCGAGAGUUUUCAUUUACACUGGAGAAUGACAUCUACUUGCGCUUCCAAUCCUUUGAUAGUGCUGCUGAAUUGGAGAGUUCUAUCAAGGAGAAGUGCCCAUUCAAGAUUGAUAUUGGACCUGUCUACAGCGUAGAUCCUUCAAAGCGUCAUGCUUACGCCCAAUCUGGCAAUAAUGUCUUUGUACCAGUGGAGAGAGAACUAAUUUUUGACAUUGAUAUAUCUGAUUAUGAUGAUGUUCGCUACUGCUGCUCUGGAGCUGAUGUCUGCUCAGACUGCUGGCCCUUAAUGACAAUUGCUAUCAAAAUUUUGGAUACUUCUCUUAGAGAUGAUUUUGGUUUCAGUCACAUACUAUGGGUAUACAGUGGCCGUCGUGGUGUCCAUUGCUGGGUCUGUGAUAGCAGAGCAAGAAAGCUAAGCAAUGAACAAAGGGCUGCAAUUGCUGACUACUUUCGAGUCUACAAGGGUGGUGAAAAUGCACUGAAGAAAGUAUCCUUGGCUGGACCUGUCCUCCACCCCUUCCUUGCCCGGUCAUACAUGGAUGUUCUCAAAACCUUCUUUGAAGAUAGGUUGCUCCUUAGCCAACAACUCUUUUCAUCAGAGAGAUGUCAGAAGAUACUUGAUCUCAUCCCUGAUGAAAAUGUUGCUAGUGAGGUCCAUGACAAGUGGCAGGGAAAUAGACGAUCUUCUGUUUCAAAGGAAGAUGUCAAUGUGACUAGAUGGGAGCAAUUGAAGACGACUUUACAGUCAGGAAAACACAAGGGGCUUCGUAGAUGUGUGGAAGAGAUUGUCUUCUCAUACACAUAUCCUAGACUUGACAUGGAGGUCGUGUUUGUGUUCCAAUUGAUCCCAGUAACUGUGAUGAUUUUGAUCCUGCAGCUGUUCCGACUCUAUCACAGGUAUGGUCCAUAG